CAUUUCAGGACAUCAGCACAUAUAUCACUAACUCGUUUCCUAGACUUUCAUCAGACUUCUUUCGGCGCUCACCAUGAGCACACAGUCGAGAGUGAAGGAUCUACACAAGUUGCUACGCAACGUCGCGAGCUUCUCUGACAGACAAGCAAGCAUCGAAAACUACGACGAAAUGACGAAAUUCGACGUUGUUAUUGUACCUAAUGCUGGCCUCUAUAGAAAGGGCAAAUUCAGUUUUACAGUGACGCUUCAGGAUGACUACCCCGACAGCCCACCUGCUGUACACUGCAAUACAGACAUCUAUCAUCCUAAUAUUGACACUUCAGGUGAUAUUUGUCUCAAUCUGUUGUCUGAUGAGUGGGAAUCGACGCUCUCGCUUGAAGACGUCGUUCAGGGUCUCCUCUUUCUGAUUUACAACCCGAAUUUGGACGAUCCGUUGAAUGAGUAUUUCAAUGAUGGGAUUGAAUAUGAUGAGUUUCGAUUGAAUGUUGAAUUGUCUCUACAAGGUGGGGAUGUGGAUGGGGCUUUGUAUGAAAGAAACCAGGUAGAUGAGGAGGAGGAGUCAACAGUCAAUGCUGCUGGUGACUGUAAGGAUGCAGAAGUGCCUUGUGGUGAUGAGCCAGAGGUGAGAAACGAUGAACACACAGAUGGACACACAAAUGGAGACACAGAUGGAGAAACAACAAAUGGACAAACAAAUGGAGAUGCAGAUGGAGACACAGAUGGGCACACAAAUGGAGACACAGACAGAGAAACAAAUGGACACACAAACGGACAUACAAAUGGAUGCACGGAUGGCGAUACGAAAGAGACUUCAGAGUCACAUGAUGCCAAGGAGACUGUACUUUGUGAAGAUGCAGUUUGUGGUGCUGUGAGCAGGAAUGAGUUGAGACACGAAUGUAUGACGCAGUUGAUGAAACAGGGAAUGUGGCAGAGAUUGAAAGAAACUUUAACACAUAUUGUGAAUAAACUUCGGUGACAGGAUUGUCACACUUAGUUACAUGUUUGUGCAGGCAUGCCUGCUUGCUAUUGAGUGUAUACUAGUUUGUACAGAGAAAGACAUUUGCAAGACACGGUAA